AUGGAUCUCACACUUAUUGUGCGAAAUGGCUGCUUGAGCUCGAAAAUCGUGCUUGGUGUGAAAGCUUUUAAAAGGCUUGACAUUGAAAUAGUUACAAUUGAAGAGACUCCAGAAUGGCUUUUAAAUUACAGCCCGAAUGGAGCAACACCAACACUUUUAAUUAAAACUUUCGAUGAUACGAUUGGCAUUAAUGAAAUUGUAACAAUAAUUCAAUAUUUAGACACCCUUCCAGGGCCAAAUUUAUACCCUAGACUGAUUACAGGCCAAAUUAAUCCUUUACCCCCUCCCUCCGUAAGUGAAAAUAAAAAAAUUUGGUAACUCAUGGAGAUUAAUUUUUAUUAAAAAAUUUAUAUGUAAAUUUUUAUAGUUUAAAAAAAAUUAAAUAUUAAUUUAAUUUGUAAAAUCGAUUUUUAAAAUGCAAGAUGUUUAAAAAUUAAACAGAAUUAGCUAGAGAUUCAUUUAUUCUAAUUAUACUUAUAUAUCAAAAUAUUUUUUCAUAAAAAAUUUUUUACUCGAUCACGGAGGGUGGGGUUUUGGGCAAAAAUAGGAUUUUCAAAUAGUUUUGCUCGCUCACAGAGGGGAGGAGUUAGAAAAAGCGAUAAUUGACUGCCACAUAAAAACUAAAAUCGAGGCUUUAAUAAAAAACCUAAAUGCAGUUUCACGUGAUUUUUCUAAUGAAAAACCUAAAAAAAUCGUAAAAUCAAUAGUCUCAGAAAUUGAGAAGAAUUAUUUAGAUGGUGAAGAGAGCCUUUUGCAUAAAUUCUUGUAUAGGAACGAAGUUUCUGUUGCUGACGUUAUGCUAUUCCAAAUAGUUGACUAUUUAUUUACUCAAUUAGCCCCUUCUCAUGUUGAAAUUUUAAAUGGAGUUCAGCUUAAAAAUACCUUGCCCUGGUACAACCACUUAAAAUCACAGUACUUCAAUAAACCCACGGAUGUCCAGAUAAUUCGGCUAUAA